AUGGACAUGAGCCUCGAGCACUCGAGCUCUCCCUCCUCAUCCACGACCGAGCGCGCCGGGACGGCGUGGCCGUGGCCGCCGAAGCGCCCCGCGGGCCGCACCAAGUUCCGGGAGACGCGGCACCCCGUGUUCCGCGGCGUGCGCCGCCGUGGCGGCGCCGGCCGGUGGGUCUGCGAGGUGCGCGUGCCCGGGGAGCGCGGCACGCGCCUCUGGCUCGGGACGUACAUCACGGCCGAGGCGGCCGCGCGCGCGCACGACGCCGCCAUGCUCAUGCUCCGCGGCCGCUCCGCCGCGUGCCUCAACUUCCGGGACUCCGCGUGGCUGCUCGCGGUGCCGCCCGCGUUCACCAACCUCUCUGACGUCCGGCGCGCGGCCGUCCAGGCCGUCGCGGACUUACUGCGCCGUCCGGAGGCCACCAGUGCCGCUGCCGCGGUGCAAGAGGUCACCUCCAGCGUGUCCGCCCCGUCGUCGGCGGUGUGCAGUGUGCCCUUGUCAGAGACGGCGCAGGCUUCCGCUGAUGCCGCUUUUGAGGCGCCGGCUGCACUGGACAUGGACGUGUUCGACCUCGACUGCUUGUUUGGGGAAACGGACUCCGACACGUACUACUACGCCAACCUUGCGCAGGGGCUGCUCAUGGAGCCACCGUCGACUGUGGCCACCGGGUCGUACUGGGACAAUGGAGACUGCGCCGACGGCGGAGCCGGAGCUGAUGUCGCGCUCUGGAGUUACUAGUACUAAUAUCAACAAUCUCCAACAUAUAUUCGAGUUGAAGCCGCUUCGAUUAUGAUCCACAUCUCGAGACAGUCCAUCGAUGGCGCGCGGCAUCAAAUUGGAUGGAAUGGAUGAUGUUCCUGCAUAUUUCUUCUCAGGUUCUACGUGUCUCCUCAUUCCUCUCAUGGCAACAAGACGUACAAGCAGUUUUUGUGGUGGGCCCACCUGCUA